AUGCCGGUCGUAAGCAGACCUGUCAAUAUUGGCCGUUCUCAGAGCUGGGAUGCUGCCAGGUGGUACGAGGGCCCCUGGGAGAAUACCGAGGAGCUGAGGCCGCUGGGGAGGAGAGGCUCGGCGGUCUACGGAGCAGAGGGAGUGUGGGAUGAGCAGCCGGAGCACAGAGUGAAGGGUGACACAGCCCUGCCCCGCGAGCCCUACCUCUACCGGGAGGCCUUCUGCAACACGCUUGCAGGACGGAAGGGCUCCGUCCCCGACUUCACCUUUUACGACAGCAGGCAGGCAGUCAUGUCUGCCCGUGCUUCCCUGCCGCCUCAGGACUACUUCAGCGACCCUUCUGUUGCAGCCAGGGUGCCUAAAGAGCCGCAUUACUUCCGCGACCCUGGAAUGAGCCAACCGGUGAGCAGUUAUGGGGUGCUGGGCAACAGAGUGGUGUGGGAUCAAGUGCCAGGCCGGUUCCCAGGCCUGCAGGACACUGAUCACUCGUAUCAGGAUCCUGGAGGUAAAAUGAUUCUUCCGGGCCCAUGGGCACAGAGCAGGACCCCGUCUUCCGGGCAGUUUGGAGCAGAGCUGCCCGAUGCCAGAUACGGGCCAGCAGGAGGUGCCUAUCCUGCCAACCAGGUCUGCAAUGAUGUCAGUGAGAGGCCAGCGGAUUCGGCCACUGCCAGGCAGACAGCCCCGACGUGCCUGGUGGUUGAUGCCGCUGUGGCCCCUGCUUCUGAUGGCGGCCCCAGGGCAGCCCCAGGAGUUCUGAAUCGCAGCUAUGGUCCCUCCCGAGAGAGUGUCCACCCCAGGAUGGCUUACCACAAUUACGAAGCCGUCCUGCCCACGGUCCAGGGACCCAGUGGCAAAAGGAGUGUGCUACCCGAGUUCCUGGCACUGCUGCGGGCUGAAGGCGUGACUGAGGGCACCCUCACGGCCCUGCUGCAGCAAGGCUUCGACUGCCCGGCCGUCCUGGCCACCAUGGAGGAUGCGGACAUCAAGGCUGUUGCCCCCAACCUGGGCCAGGCACGAGUCCUGAGCCGUUUGGCCAGCAGCUGCCGGGCUGAAUCACAGCUGUGGAGGCAGGAACGGGCCGGCCCCCUGCCCCGAGCACGCGCCAGCAGCUUCAGCCACCGCACUGAGCUGCACCAUGGCAACCCCACUGCACUGGGCCCCGGAACCCUGCAGCCCCAGCCUCCAGGGCCCCUGCACACAGCCUCUGCCCGAGUUGGAGACCUGGCCCGCCGCCCCUCAAGCGCACCAUCCCAGCACCUCCUUGAGACAGCGGCUACCUACUCGGCCCCUGGGGUGGCCAUCCAAGCACCUUAUUUGCACCCCAACUCUGGGUACAGUUCUCCCACCCCUUGUGGCCUCUUGGCUCGGCUGGGCCCCACGUAUCCCCCACAGGCUGGGCUUGCCUUGACUAACCCAGGCCCCACAAGCCCCCUUCAGCCAGGCCCCAGGACAGCCUACUCCACGGCUUAUACCGUGCCCAUGGAGCUGCUGAAACGGGAGCGCACUGUGGCCGCGUCGCCCCUGCCCAGCCCCCACGGCAGCCCCCAGCUCCUGCGGAAGCCCAGUGUCCCCAUGGAACCACCCUCACUGCCACCAGCCAGCCAGAGCCUGCACACGCCACACGCACCCUACCAGAAGGUGGCCCGGCGGACGGGCGCUCCGAUUAUUGUGUCCACCAUGCUGGCGCCAGAACCAAGUAUCCGUCCCCAGAUCAUGAACGGCCCCCUGCACCCCCGUCCCCUGGUGGCACUCCUCGAUGGCCGGGACUGCACCGUGGAGAUGCCCAUCCUGAAGGACCUCGCCACCGUGGCCUUCUGCGAUGCCCAGGCCACCCAGGAGAUUCAUGAGAAGGUGCUAAACGAAGCAGUCGGCGCCAUGAUGUACCACACCAUCACCCUCACCAGGGAAGACCUGGAGAAGUUCAAGGCCUUGAGAGUGAUCGUGCGGAUAGGCAGCGGCUAUGAUAACAUUGACAUCAAGGCUGCCGGCGAGCUGGGGAUCGCUGUGUGCAACAUCCCCUCUGCGGCAGUGGAGGAGACUGCCGACUCCACCAUCUGCCACAUCCUCAACCUGUACCGGCGGAACACGUGGCUGUACCAGGCACUGCGGGAGGGCACGCGGGUGCAGAGCGUCGAGCAGAUCCGGGAGGUCGCCUCGGGAGCUGCCCGCAUCCGCGGCGAGACGCUGGGCCUCAUCGGCUUCGGUCGCACGGGGCAGGCUGUCGCUGUUCGAGCCAAGGCCUUCGGAUUCAGCGUCAUGUUUUAUGACCCCUACUUGCAGGAUGGCAUCGAGCGGUCCCUGGGCGUGCAGAGGAUCUACACGCUGCAGGACCUGCUGUACCAGAGCGACUGCGUGUCCCUGCACUGUAAUCUCAAUGAACAUAACCACCACCUCAUCAAUGACUUUACUAUCAAGCAGAUGAGGCAAGGAGCGUUCCUGGUGAACGCAGCCCGCGGUGGGCUGGUGGACGAGAAAGCCUUAGCCCAAGCCCUCAAGGAAGGCAGGAUACGAGGAGCAGCCCUUGACGUGCAUGAGUCUGAGCCGUUCAGCUUUGCUCAAGGCCCGUUGAAAGAUGCGCCGAACCUCAUCUGCACGCCCCACACGGCCUGGUACAGUGAGCAAGCCUCGCUGGAGAUGAGGGAGGCCGCAGCUACCGAGAUCCGCCGAGCGAUCACAGGUCGCAUCCCAGAAAGCCUAAGAAACUGUGUGAACAAGGAAUUCUUUGUCACAACAGCUCCUUGGUCAGUAAUAGAUCAGCAAGCUAUUCACCCGGAGCUCAACGGCGCCACGUACAGGUACCCGCCAGGCAUCGUCGGUGUGACUCCGGGAGGCCUGCCUGCAGCCAUGGAAGGCAUCAUCCCCGGAGGCAUCCCUGUCACUCACAACCUCCCCACAGUGGCACACCCUUCCCAAGCCCCCUCUCCCAACCAGCCCACAAAACAUGGGGACAAUCGGGAGCACCCCAACGAGCAAUAGCAGAGGACAGCCACAGGUAAUGUUCACAUCACCCUGGGACCAAGAGAGAUGAACGUGGAGGACUCCGAGGAGAGGGACAGUCUUCUGGACCGACUGUGGACACGAUGCAUCGUUGCUAUUGCGGUUUUGAAACUGCAGAAGCGCUAGAAGCCAAGAUGCAGAAACCCAAAGGGGCCGUCUGCUGCGGAAGCCGAGAGGCUAAGGCGUGACUUAUUAACGACCAACUUCUGUUACUGUGUGUUAAGUUUCUCAUCUGUGCAUCAAAUCACAAAGAAUAAAUAGAUCUUUUUCCUUUCAGUCCCUUGGGCACAGCUGGCCCAGAGCAUCCUGCUCUAGAACGUUGCGUCAAGAGUUGCAAACACCGAAAUAAAGUAUGUAAAGAGGA